CUCGAGCAAAUCAGCAGCACCAGAGCGCAGCAGCAGACCAGCUAUGGAGAAGACAGGCAGCAGCACCUGCUGCGUUUGCAUCUCCUGCUAGCUGAGCUGAGCUGAGCUGAGCCGAGCCGAUUGUCGCUCGCCCUUACAUUGCGCACUGCCUUGUGUGUGUUUCAAUUUGGGGAGUUUCCUGAACAGAGAGGACAAGGAGUGAAGAUGUACGCAAUGGGGCUGCAGACGGGCCCUGCUGCGUCGUACAUCUCCUCUGCUCCUCGUCGGCAACCGGGUGGAUCGAGCCGCCUAGUUCGAGGCCAGCGAAUGCAAUGCGGGAGCAGUCGUCCUCGCAAGCUGUCGAAGAAUUUCCAAAUUUCUGCCGUCUCGAGAGAGAAGACCAACGGUGAUGAGCUUACUCCGAAAGAAUUCUUUGAAUCUUUUCUGCGAAGCCGUCAAGCCGGUGGAGACUUCGUUUCAAGAGCAUCGGACGUGCUGUGGAAGAAAGAGGUUCUUGAGAUAGACGAUGAGAAAAGAUCUGAAUUGCGCGAGAAACUCGCUGAACUCCAGAAGAUGAAAGAAGUUGAGGACACUGGGAGUUUUCUGAAACUGACUCAAGCGAAGAAUUGGAGUGCUGGGAUCGAAGAAGUAGCACCGAGAAACUUGAAUGCUGCUGCCGAGGAAAGAGCCAGAGCAGCGGAUGAUCGCAAGAGGCAGAGUUUCUUGGAAUACGAGGCGCUGAAACGAGAACUCUCUUUGAUGACUGUAGGCGUUGCAGGGUUGUGCACAAUAUAUUGCCUGGCCAUUCUCUCAGUGGAGUCAACCGUGAGUUACGAUAUCGGUGCUGUAGCAAGUUUACUGUAUCUACAGCUCUUGUACCGACAUGCAGACACCUUCAGUGAAGACAGUGUGGCUGAUAUAUUCAUACCACCGAGAUUCAAAAAGAAGACUAUUGGCAUCAGAAGUGGUGACGUGAAGCGUACAUUGGAGAAAACUAUAAGAGGAAGUGGGAUGGCCCUAUCUUCGCCCAGGUUAGUCGUACCAGCUGCGUUAUUUGGAUUAUGGGCAGCAUCAACUCAAGUCACGGGAACCAAGGACUUCCACCUCGAGGUUGCUCCGAUGAUGUUCGGCUUUUUUGCGUACAAGGCAGCUGCACUCGUACAAGCAUAUAGAGAUAAUAAGGACCUUCUUGUCGUCUUUGAGAAGAAGACUGAAGGCGAUUAGGAAGGAUUUGUAUAUUGAUCAAUUAGGAAAGUUUUACAAAUGAGAUGUCGAGAGGAGUAAAUGUCCUUCGAAGACAUAGCGGGAAUAUGUGCGGCAACUGCAGGAUCGAAUGCCACCCGGAAAGCACGACAGUCUUGAUCGGCUCUUCGUAAGAACCAAGGGCUUGAGAGUAGUUUAUGAAAUUUGUCUUAGUGGCUUAAAUAGCAAAGUUAUGACGCAGUUGAUGCACUGAGACCCUACGGUUCUUAAUGUACAAGUCUCUCGUCAGUAAAGUAAGCCUUCAGAUAGCGUUCAACUAUGCUUGUUGUCAUUGUUCUCUUAGAAGUCACCAGUAAUUUCUUAAUUGUAGAAGAGCAUGGUUAAAGCCCUAUGAUAGUAAAUUCUUCACAUG